CACGCAUACACAGACAAACACACUCAUAGAGAGCAUGGAAAACAACAACGUAUGAUUUAAAGGCACUUGUGUUUCUUUCUUUUAUUUUUCUCCCUUUUUUAAUUUGCAGACAUUAACAGAUGCUGGGCAGCUCCAUGUCUGUCCACUCUCCAGUGCUCAUGUGAUUUAGAGUAAGAAAAUAGAGAGAGAAACCAAAAAGAAAGAAAAAGGAAUUAAUUUAGGCAUGCAAGUUCACUUUUUGCACACAUUAUUGAACUUUACUGUUUGUGGGCUAAUUUUCGUUGUAUUUUUCUUGCGUUAAUCUACUCUAAACGACUUUUCUUGACAAUUUUUCAAGAAAAAAGGAUAUCUAUAAUUUGACUACUGCGUAGCUUUUUUUUUCACAUUUUAUUUUUUUUCCUAAGCUUAUCUAAAAGUGAGAAGGAAAUUUUGCCAAACAAGCCUUUGAGCACAAGAGAAGGAGCAAAUGAUUACUUGUGCUCACAACUCGUUGGGUUUUUCUUUGGCUUCACUCUUCUGAGAUCUGAAGUGGGGAGGAAAAUCUGCCAAUGAUCUCAGAGUGAGAGAAAAAAAAAUAAAAAAUGGAACUCGAAUUCGACAAGUAUUGUGUUGUGGAUGGAAGCCCCACGACUGUUCUCCCCGCCCCACGUCAUCAUUAUAAAGCCAUCUAUCAAAAAUCAGACAAGAAAGUCAAAUGCCUGAACGAGAAAUUCACCGAGAUCAGCUUUAACCGCUACCGUAGUGCAUCAUGUAGAGAUGCUCGACCCACAAGAUCCAAUCCCACGAUGCACAAGCGUGAUUCGGUUUAUCAAAGCUCGAAAGAUAUAAAUCUUCUUAGCAAGACAGAUUGUGCAGUGGGGAGGCAAAAAAUCGAGCUUUCACGAGAGAGUGCACCAUUAUCUUUUCCUUUGGGGAUCAUUGAUUCUUUGUGUAGUUCAGAUGAAGAUGGCUCGUUGGAGGAUCAAAGCAGGUCCUCGGAAGUUUCCACAUCAGAGCAAAGUACGUCUUCGUACUCGAUGAACUAUUCUUUCUUGAGAAAGAACGAAGAAAGGUCUUUCGAUAGUAAUAGCAGUAAGCUUGCUAAGGAUCGUGUGAUCAAGUCUGAGUUUUCACUUUCUUCAGUUAAGGACAGUGAUAGGCCACGGGAAAGACAAGUGGCCAUUAAUUUUCAGAAGUCAUUAUCAUCUAAAUUAUCAUUGCCCCAUUCGCCUGCUUGGUCGGAGAAUGAUGGAUCGAAAACAAACAGUCCAAAUGCCACUUUUAAUCUUUCCCCGAAAAAGUUUGACCGGCCUGUUAAAUCUAGAUCUCACAGAAGAAGCCCGUUGAGUAGAGAAACAAGUGGGGAUGUCGGCUCGAGUUUUACCGAACCAAUUUGCAAGCGCCCCUCGAAAGAUUUUUCAGACAACCUUAACUCGGUCCCGCCAUCCUCGCCAGCUCACCUUCACGGCCUUCUAAAAUCGGAAGACAAAAACGGGCUUCCAUUUUUCCAAUUCUCGGUGAAUUCGCCAGAGGAAGUUUCUUACAUCGUGAAGACGUGGAAAGUCGAUGAUGCCCUUAUGUGGGUCUACACUUUUCACUCACUUAACCAUAAAAGAAAGAGCAAUGCUAGUGGUGGUGGAUGGGGAUUUAAGGACAUUAACCGAGAAUCCACUAUGGUUGGCCAGAUGGUAGUAUCAUGCUAUCUACGUACAGAGUUAAAGGCUGCCCGAACUUAUACCGAUUACAUGGUGCAAGAGUAUGUUUUAUACGAUGUGGCGCAAUCAAGAAGAAGUACUUCAUCUCAAGACAAUUCCAGCUGUUUUAAAGAACAGAUUUUUAAGCACUCUCGGCCUCUAAUGGCGGUGGACUUGCAUCCGGAGCUGGAAAUAGCAGCUGUCAUCAUGCGGGCCCCAUUCGAGAAGAGAGAGAGUCUGAAGUUCAAGAGUGGGGAUGGAGAAAUGGAUCGUCCGCUUCCAAGCUUGCUGGAUCUUUGCAGACUUGAGGAGGCAAGGGAGGGUAUUUUGGGAAAUUCACGUACUGGGGAGAUGCAUGUGGUGGUCCCGGCUGGGAACCACAGUCUGCCAGGUGGCGAGAACCGUGGGCCCUCGCCUCUGUUGGACAGGUGGCGGAUGGGCGGAGGGUGUGACUGUGGUGGGUGGGAUAUGGCGUGUCCUCUCGACGUUUUUGUUAAUCCGAAUUUUCGGAUUUGUGAUGAACAGCCGCUGGUGGACAGUCGGCAUCCCGUGGAGCUCUUUGUUCAGGGAAGAAAAAAUAACAAUAUACCGGCAUUUACAAUGAGGGCAGUCGAGGAUGGGAAGUACGCCGUUGAUUUUCAUGCGCAGCUGUCUUCUCUGCAAGCAUUCUCCAUAUGCGUAGCUAUUUUGCAUGCUGCAAACACGUCCACCGCAAUAGAGCACGAGACGAACAAACGAAUGCUGAAAAGCGACUCGCUUAAGGUAUUUGCAGAGGAGGAAAUCAAGAACUUGAUGGAUUCAAUAUCAGAAGAGGAGAAUUUUAAGGCCAACAGCAAAAAAGACGAAGUCUUGACAUCAUUCGUGCUGAACCCACCCUUCUCACCAAUCGCUCGAGUAUAAAUUAGAUAUAGGUUUUCUUAAGAAAAAAAAGAGACAAGCAAAGGGUACCCUGGAUAAAGCUUUGCCUGGUAUAGUAAGUUUUUGUUAUCUUUUUAGCCAAAAUUUCAAAUCAAACACUAUACUGUUCAUAUUCUUAGACUGAUAGGGAUUUUAGAGAGGGAUAUAGAAGCGCCAGUGGUGAUGUAGCUGUUGUUAUAGCAUUUUUUAUCAUUUUUUUUUGGGUCCUUGUUAUGUAAUUUAAGGUGGCUGAGAAUGUCUUUUUUUUUUUUAUUUUUUUUUU